AUGCUACUCAACGUAGCGUCUGGCAUCUUGUCCAAGUACCUGACUCUCGAAAAUGCCAGCUUGCCGACGCUGCAAAGCACGUGUCUGUAUGUAAUGUUGGCAGUAGUGUACUUGCUCGUUCGCGCUAUGCGCAAGUCGCCGUUUAUCGGUAUACCCUGGUGGUUCUACAUUAUCCUGGCCAUUGUCGACGUCGAGGGUAAUUACUUUGCUGUCAAGGCCUACAACUUUGCCAAUUACGCAACACUCAGCCUCAUUCUAAACAUGACGGUACCAUUUAUGACCCUCUUCUGCUUCGUCUUCCUCAAGACGCGCUACUCAGUACGCCACUAUCUUGGUGCAACAAUCGCUCUUCGUGAAGUUCGUGGUGACAUGUACGCACUGAUUGCAGCCGCCUUUUAUGCCACAUCCAACGUGAUGGUUCAAGCUGUGGGCAAGACACGUAACGUCGAUGCCAACAUUGAAGUAUUGGGUUUUCUGGGCUUUUGGGCAUCCAUUGUGCCUCUCAUUCAAGUAUUCUUCCUUGAGCUGAGUCCCAUUAAAGCCGUUGACGUUACCGGUCGCAUCUAUGGCUACAUGGCAGGUUAUGUGUGCGUACUUUUUGCAUUUUACACGAUUACAUCGGUCUUUCUACGUUGGGCUGAGUCACUCAUGUUCAAUCUCAGUCUCCUCACGGGUCCUAUCUUUACCGUGGCUGUAUCGUACCUCCUUUUCGACGAAGGUGUGAACAAUUGGUACUGGUUUGCAUUACUAUUGGUCUACAUUCGUCUUAUAUGCUAUCGUACUGCAUCUGCACCACAAGAAAUGCAUGUACCUACUACUACUAUCGAUGAAAAGGAUCACCAUGAUACCAACUACAAGCAAGUUCUUUAUCUCCAGACCUAA